GCAGUGCAAUGUAAGGUGUAAACUGUAAAGCAAGUGUAAAGUUCAAUGGUAGAUAAAUUUUUAACCUCGGCAGAUUUUGUUGUGCUACCAAAUCUUCAUUUCUGGCGCAAGAGUUCCGUUUGCAGCGCGAUCCCGACCGUAAAAUAAACAUCGAAACGGUGCAGUUCGCGUUGAAUUUACCAAUAAUUUACGCAAUUUACGUUCUAACACCAGAUCUCAACAGGAGGAUAUCUGAAGAUAACGGCCACUGUGCAGUUGCACAAUGGACCCUAUAACUGUCGGGAUCAUUACAGUGAGUGACCGUGUCUCAGCCGGGAAGGCUGAAGACCGCUCUGGCCCAGCCCUAGUGACGCUUCUGGAGAGUGGGGAGCUGUUCCCUGCAGAAACCCGUGAGAUCAAAGUGGUGCCAGAUGAAAAGGAGGAUAUCCAGGCAGCAGUUGCGGAGCUCGCCCCACGCUGUGACCUGGUGCUCACCUCCGGCGGCACGGGGUUUGCCGCGCGGGACGUCACCCCGGAGGCAGUAUCUCCACUGCUGGAGCGCCCGGCGCCCGGCCUGGUGGCCGCCAUGCUGAACGGCUCGCUCGCUAUCACCCCGAUGGCGAUGCUGUCGCGGCCAGUGGCGGGCGUGCGCGGCCGCUGCGUGGUGGUCACUCUGCCUGGCAGCACCAAGGGCGCGGUGGAGAACCUGCGGCUGCUGGCGCCCGGGCUGCCGCACGCGGUGGACCUGGUCCGACACCGCCUGACCCAGGUCCAGGACGUCCACCGACAGAUGCAGGGCGGGGACGAGACCGGCGGCGAGAAGACAGCCUCCAGGGAAACAACGACGGACUCCACGACAUUGUCGGUGGACGCAGGCUCUCGUAAAACGUCUCUAACAUCGGACUCUGCUAAGACUUCUCCGCCGGCAGCGGCGGGACACCAACACCAGUGUCCCCACCAGCUCCAGUACACUGCCGCCGGUGACUCCACAGUGGACCUCUCCCAGGUGUCGGCUCGGGACCGGCGCUCGCCCUACCCCGCCAUCUCCCUCUCGGAGGCACAGAAGAUCACCAUUGACGCCGUGUCGGCGCACCAGCCGACUAUCGAGACGGUGAACAUCACUGCUGCGCUGGGCCGCGUGCUGGCGGAGGAUGUGUCGGCGCGUGUCCCGCUGCCGCCGUUCCCUGCCUCGGUGAAGGACGGGUACGCCGUGCUGGCCGCCGACGGUGUGGGGAUCCGGCGCGUGCUGGGCGCCUCCAAUGCCGGUGUGGACGACGGCGGCGCCUCGGAGACGGUGCUGGCCGGCACGUGUGUACGGAUCAGUACCGGCGCGCCGCUGCCGGCCGGCGCCGACGCCGUGGUCAUGGUGGAAAACACCCGCCUCGUGGAGGCGUCUCCGGACGGCCGGCGCGAGCUGCGCGUGGAGAUCCUGGCGGCGCCGGCCGAGGGGCAGGACAUCCGUCCGAUCGGUAGCGACAUGGCCGUGGACACGCCGGUGGCCGGCCGCGGCACCCGGCUGGGGGCGUUCGAGCUGGCGGCGCUGGCCGCUGCCGGGGUGUGUGAGCUCCAGGUGUACUCCCGGCCGACGGUGGCCGUCCUCUCCACCGGCAACGAGGUCCAGGAGCCCGGCCAGCCGCUCGCCGCCGGACGCAUCUACGACACCAACCGGCUCACCCUGCUCUCCGCCCUGCCGGCCGCCGGAGCCGAGGUCAUCGACGCCGGUAUCGCCAUCGACGAGCCAGGCGUGCAGCUGGCGGCCAUGCGGUCGGCGCUGCGCCGCGCCGACGUUCUCGUCACCACCGGGGGCGUCUCGAUGGGCGAGAGGGACAUCAUCAAGCGGCUGCUGACGCAGGAUCUGGGCGCGACCAUCCACUUCGGCCGCUGCUUCAUGAAGCCGGGCAUGCCGACCACGUUCGCCUCGCUGACGAUGGACGGCCGGCCCAAGUUCGUGUUCGGCCUGCCCGGUAACCCGGUGUCGGCGGCCGUGUGUAGCGUUCUGCACGUACUGCCGACGCUGCGCAGGAUGGCCGGCCUGACCGACUACCGCUACAGCACGCUGUCGGUGCGGCUGGAGCGCGAGGUGCGCCUCGACCCGCGGCCCGAGUUUGUACGCGCCACUCUGACACCGUCGGCGGGCGGCGGACGGCCCACCGCGCGCGCCACCGGCAGCCAGCAGAGCAGCAACGUGCGCAGCCUGUGCGGCGCCACCGUGCUGCUGCAGCUGCCGGCCUCCUCCCAGCGGUGCGCCCAGCUGCCGGCCGGGGCAGAGGUGGACGCCAUCCUCCUGCACGGACACCUCUAAUCGUGCCUGUUUGACAAACGCCGGACUAUAUUCUGCCACUGGUGCGGGUAAUGCUCCGGUCCAGGCAUCUCCAAUCGGUGGUGCCCCGAUCACUGCAGCAGCGAGCAGGCUACCAUCGAAAGGUCCUGCCAACGCAAGUAAUUCGUGCUUGUCUUCCAGUUCAGGGUAUAGUGAUUAUCGUGCUUUUAUGAAUGCGAGGUAGUUUGAGACGUCCUUAUGCAAUAUGAAUUUUUACUCAAUGCAUAAUGUUUCAUGGAGAAUCGAACUUUUGCCGUGAGAGGGAUGGUGGAAUACAGAGGUCUAUGGUGGAAUCUUUAGAUGUGGGUGGCUUUGCAAUCACCAGUUGUUUAUUUUUGCUAUCAACUUUUGAUUGUGCCAAAAGUUAACUUGUUCCCAUGAUUGUGAAGUAAUUGUCACUAAUCUUGUGAGUUGGAAGGCCCGGGUCACUGUGAUAGCUGCGUCCUUGUUGGACUAAUUUUGUGGAUGGUUUUGCAAUUUAUUAUAGCAAUGCAUUGGUCUGUAUCGAAAAGCCUUGGUGAGUAACCAACAGGGGCUUCGCCCACGUAGUAUAGAAAUUACGCAUAAGGUUACACUGGGAACUAACGUAGCUUACCUUUUCGUUCUUUCUCUUAUCUGGCCAGCGCCUAGUGUCAUCUUUGCUAGAUUACAUGAUGCCCUUAAAAGUUUGUUAAAACUGUUUCUUGGCCAGUGCGGAAAAGGUCACGUCGUGUCGUGUCAUCAAGCUAAUAUAUUGAUUUGACUUUAA